GUAAUUCAUCUAUUUCCGUCUGGGUCUUUGGCUACCUUGCCCUGACUGGAAAUAAAAGUACUGAAGAAGACACUUGCUUCCAGUGCAGAAGCCGACAAGAGGGAGAACUGACGUGCUUUCUUUGUGUAGUCAACAACGAAACAUCUAUUCAGCUCCCCAUUCGUCUGCAUGUAAAACUACGUAUUCACCGCCGUCGCCUUUCUCGUUUACUUUUACGGCGUAAAAGCACACACGAUUUUAACGCGUUGAUUGCCUUGUUCAUAGUUUAUUGGGUCUCCACCCCAUCCCCCGCGUUAUCAUAGAAUUGAACCCUUCAUCGGAGUUUUUCUUCUUCUUUUGAGUAUCCAAGGACCUAUUUGGAUUCGUGCUCAUUGAUUACUGAAAAGAAAGACCAAAAGCUAGCCAUGUCAAGCGACCUCAAUCAGCAGUUAGAGGCGAUGUACGACGGCAAGCUCCUGACGGAGGAGCAGGUGGUGCAGCUGUGCAGUCGCUGCAAAGACCUAAUGCUGGAGGAGGGCAACAUCGAAACCGUCUACUCUCCUGUCACGCUUUGCGGCGACAUUCACGGGCAGUUCUACGAUUUACUGGAACUGUUCAGCAAGGGAGGGCGGAUGCCCGACACGUCCUACGUCUUCAUGGGCGACUACGUCGACCGCGGCUACCACAGCGUGGAGACGCUACUGCUGCUGCUGUUGCUCAAAGCCCGCUACCCCGACCGCAUCACCCUGCUUCGCGGCAACCACGAGUCUCGCCAGAUUACGCAGGUGUACGGGUUUUACGACGAGUGCUACCGCAAGUACGGUGGCGCCAACGUGUGGCGGUUGUGCACGGAACUGUUUGACUACAUGCCGCUGGGCGCCGUGGUGGAGGAGGACAUCUUCUGCGUGCACGGCGGCCUCAGCCCGCAAAUCAACACGUUAGACGAGGUGCGCGUGCUCGACCGCAAGCAGGAGGUGCCGCAUGAAGGGCCGAUGAGCGAUCUGCUGUGGUCAGACCCGGAGGAUAUUGAGGGCUGGAGCGUCAGCCAGCGCGGCGCCGGUUUUGUCUUUGGUGCCGACGUGGCGAAGAACUUCAAUCAACGCAACGGUCUUAGCCUCAUCGCACGCGCGCAUCAGCUCGUGCUGGAAGGGUACAAGUCUAUGUUUGACAACAAUUGCUGUACGGUGUGGUCGGCCCCCAACUACUGCUACCGCUGCGGCAACGUCGCGUCGCUUCUAGAGAUCGGUGAGCACUCGCAGGUGGACCGCAAUGUGGUGUACUUCACCGCGGCGACGGCGGAUGUGCGAGGGCAUCUGGCGAAACAGCCGCCCCCUGAGUACUUCCUGUGA